GCGUGACGAGGAAGAGAGAGGUGUUAAAAGAGUUGAGUCUAUAUUAGCGCCCCUCUCUUUCUCCGCCAGGGAGGUUCGGAGACACCACCACAAUUUUCGGUGGCUCCAUUGAUUUUACAUUUCUCCUAAAAAAUGCCGCUAUUCUCCAAUUCUUCCACCAGCUUCACCGCCACCGCCACCGCCACCGCCACCGCCUCGGUUAACUCCGAUCCGAAUACGAGGUUUCUCUCCAAUUCACGCUUCAAUUCCAAGCCUACACCUCGCAUUCUUCCCCUCCCUCAGAAUGAGAAAUUCAACGUCUCUCGAUUGGCUCUUAGUCACUCUAGCCGUGCAGUUGCUAAAACUAGAACCAUAUCAAAUGCAUUAGUGCGCGAUACUGUUGGACAAAAGGAAGAUGUGGCUAGCUCCUCCAGUAUUUUGGCAUAUGAUUUGAUUCAAGGAGCACUUGUGAGGUGGAGUUCUGUUAUGGACAAAUCUUUACCUGAUCCACCAACAGCUGUCUUUCUGCAUGGGAUCCUUGGGUCCAGGAAAAACUGGGGAACUUUUGUAAAGAGAUUGGCAAGAGAGUUUCCUAUGUGGCAGUUUCUUUUAGUAGACUUGCGAUGUCAUGGCGAUUCAGCAUCAAUCAAGAAGAGAGGUCACCAUACUGUUGCCUCUGCUGCUCUAGAUGUACUGAAACUGGUUCGAGAACUAAGAAUUACACCUCGUGUGUUAGUUGGUCAUAGUUUUGGUGGAAAAGUUGUUUUGAGCAUGGUGGACCAAGCUGCAAAACCCCUUGCUCGGCCAGUCAGAGCUUGGAUUCUAGAUGCAACCCCUGGAAAAGUUCGUGCAGGUGGGGACGGAGAAGACCACCCAGCAGAACUCAUAUCCCUAUUAAGUAAACUGCCAAAGGAGAUCUCUUCAAAGAAGGAUGUUGUCAAGGCUCUUCUUCAACAAGGAUUUUCCAAUGAUGUAACACAGUGGGUUGUGACCAACCUACGACCUACCAGCUCUCCUAAUUCACGCUUCUCAUGGGUGUUUGACCUCAGGGGGAUAGCAGAAAUGUAUCAAUCCUAUGAAGAAACAAAUUUGUGGAAAAUUGUUGAAGAUGUACCUCGUGGUGUGCAUAUAAACUUUUUGAAAGCAGAGAGGAGCUUACACAGAUGGGCUCUUGAAGAUCUUCAGCGAAUCCAUGUUGCUGAGGAGAUUGCUUCUGAGGAAGGAGGUGGAGUUGAAAUGCAUGUCCUUGAAGAUGCUGGUCACUGGGUACAUGCUGAUAACCCAGAUGGACUCUUCAGGAUACUAUCACCCUCUUUCCAGGGAAGCAAGACGUGACUUUACGAACUAAUUAUUGUGCAGGCAACAUCAAUUACUAGUUGUACAGUCAAUCUUUCUAAUAAGAUUGAUGCAGGUGAAAUCAGUCUCAGCUUUUGUAACUUCUUCGGUUGUAUUGGUUUCUAUCUGCACCUUGAGAAGUCUUCCGUGCAAUAAUUUUUUGAAGAAAAUGGGUAGAAACGUGUUUCUUUCUGGUCGGUCUUCAUACUCUUUAUGAUUGGUAUAUUUUUUAUAAAAAAUUAAUUUAAUUGUCUUGUAGAUUAAAAAGAUAUCUUCCUAGAGUGUGAAGAAAAGUACUAUUAGCAUUCCUCUUUCUUGAAUGGUUGUAGUUGGAAUUAACUGGUUUUCAUCAAAGAUGGAAUGUUAGUGGUUAUAUA